CCGCAGGGGGCUUGAAACCCGCGUAACCAAAGUGGGAGGGGAGAAGCGCGGCGCGGAGGGGAGCAGAACACUUCGAGAGAUCUCCGCUCCUCCCGGGGUCAGAGGGGAGCGGAGGGGCCGCGACCACGCGGGAGAGGACGCUAGAACCCAGGCGGCCGGCUGCGGCUGGUGCUGGACCCUUCCUGCUGGUGCCCGCCAGGGGCAGACCCCCCCAGGGCCCGGACCUCGGAGCUGCCGGGACUACUGUGAGCUCAGCUACUGACAUGGGGGCUGGUCCAGUCCAGCGGCAAGAGGGAGCUUGAUGAGUGCCUGGUGUCCUCGGGCUGAUGCUGCCCACAGGGAAGAGCCAGGAAGCCCCUGCACGGGCACGGGCACCCGCAGGCCGUGCCCAGGGCCUCCUGCCCCGCCUGCCGUCGCCGGCGCUGUGCUGCGCCUGCGGGCUGUGCAUGCUGCUGGCGGGCGUGAACGUGACGCUGGUGGGCUCCUUCGCCUCCUUGCUGCCCGGGAACAACGCGCCGCUGGUCGUGGGGCCGGCGCUGCUAGUGCUGGCGUUCGGCUGCUUCGCGGCCUGCUGCGCGUGCAGCCGCCGGGGCCCUGCGUCCCGCCGUCCCUGGGCAGCAGCCAAGGGCCAGGGCCAGGGUGGCAGCGGCACCGGGCCAGUGGCGCUGGAGAUGGAGAGCAGCGAGCGCACGGCGCAGGACACCACCGCGGUGCAGCUCAGCCCUGCCGCCUCGGCCGCGUCCUCCGGCCGCUCCAGCCCGGGUCCCUUCGCCCUGGACACCCCGGCGCCUGCAGCCGCCUACUCACCACGUACCGACAGGGUCAGGCUCAACCUGCCCCGGGAGCGCGCCGCCCCCUAGCGGACACGGCCGGAACUCCCCUACCCCGGGUCUCUGCGUUCAGUGUAAUGAAAGGAAAAAAAGGAGGAGGAAGAGGAGAAAGAAAAGACAAGAAAAAGGAAGUUUUCCUAAGGUCGGGUGCUGGGCACAGGUGCCUCAUCUGUCCCAUCUCUGAAACUUUGGAGGGGAGAAUGUGGUGAUGGUGUCCAGGCUGCUCUUGCUCUUUAGGUGGGUUCUGCUGGGCCCUACUUUACUUCACUCCCUAGACUUGAUGAAACUGGGCCCCUGGCUCUUGGAUCCCUAACACCAACACCACCCAUGGUAUGUGGGCACUGUGAACAGAGCCACUCUGAGAGGAACUAACAUGAGCAAGGCCCGCGCCCACUAGGGGAGGGAGGAAGGGGAGGAAUGCCAGCCUGGGCUGUCUCCUGUCCCUUUGCACUGUGAAAGGUCACCAGCUCCCCCUUCUGUUCCUCCUCACCCUCCCUGUCUCGACCCCAACAUGACCUUUUGGGAUUAGUUGGGGUGGGGUCUGAUUGGUGCCAGGACAGUCCCUAAGGUACAGCUAAGUCAAGCACACCCCACCCUUUCUGUCUGACUAGAGCUGAAGUUGGGUGAGUGGUGAGGAGCUCCUCUGACCCUGAAAGUCUCAGUGUGUCCAUCACUGUGCAGUCCCCCUGUGCCACCAUUCUCAAUAAAGCACCU